AUGUCUAUGAUCUUACGCCCCUUCACAUGGUUCUAUCAUGAGUUUGGGAUUGUCUCGAUCCACGAGACUGGACGCAAUGCGUGGCUCAUUAUCUUGGCUCGCUCGUGCCGGAUGUUUGCUUACGGCACGAAUUCCUUGAUAUUAGCCAUCUUCUUCUCCGCCUUGAACUACUCCGACCACCAGAUCGGCAUCUUUAUGACCUUGACAUUGCUCGGCGAUGUCUUUCUGGGUACAUUUCUCACGUUGAUCGCCGACCGAGUGGGCCGCCGGCGCGUGCUCAUGGGCGGGUCGGUGCUCAUGAUCAUAAGCGGCCUCGUCUUUGCGGUAUUUGAGAACUUCUGGAUCUUGCUUCUUGCUGCGAUAUUGGGCGUCAUUAGCGUCACAGGAGGGGACUUUGGGCCCUUUCGGAGCAUUGAAGAGUCAGUCUUGUCGCAGCUCACAACACCCACGACCCGCGCGGACGUUCUAGCCUGGUACGUGACGACGUCGACUCUAGGAUCGAGCAUCGGCAGUGAAGUCUCGGGCAGACUCAUCCAUUACCUGCAGGCGCGACCCGGCUGGACCGACGUCGAUGCCUACCAUUCCCUGUUUUGGAUCUAUCUAAUCAUGGGCAUUGUCAACGUGCUUUUCGUUCUUCUCUUGACCGAUGCCUGCGAGCUCCGAGCGAACGACAAAGGGGAGGAGAUGUAUUCCCGCGUACCUCAAGAGGAUCAUAAUCGGCACGAAGACGACAACGACGAAGCGGUACUGCACCACCAGUUACAGUCCAACCCUAACGGCACCGCUGAAGCCGACGUCGAGGCAGCAUCCCCGCCUCCGACACCAUCACCAACCCGACCUCGCUCCCCCCAGCCUUCGACCAUCCCUUCCAGCCGGCUCUCGCGCGCUCUCUCGGCCUUCUCCAGCGCCUUGUCCCAGAUCUCCGAAACAACCCGCCGCACAAUGUACAAGCUGUGGUUCCUGCUAGUCAUCGACUCCCUCGCCGACGGCAUGGUGCCCUACUCCCUCACGAAUUACUACAUGGACGUGAAGUUCCACCCGUCCAAAUCGACGCUCGGCGACGUCACCUCGCUGUCGUACUUCCUGGGCGCGAUCGGCGCGGUCUUCGCCGGCCCACUCGCCAGGAAGAUCGGCCUCAUCAACACCAUGGUCUUCACGCACGUCCCUUCCUCGACGGCCGUGCUUCUGUUCCCUCUCGCGCCCUAUUUCUGGAUCACCGCGCUCUUCUUGCUCGUCCGCACGGGGCUGAAUAAUAUGGACCAGGCCCCGCGCUCGGCGUUCAUUGCCGCGGUGGUGAAGCCCGAGGAACGCACCGCGGUCAUGGGCAUCACCAGCAUGUUGCGCAAUCUAGCGGCCAUGUGCGGGCCCACCGUCACGGGCGUUCUCGCCGAGGGGGACAGAUUCGGGGUGGCCUUCAUCGCGGCCGGCGUGUGUCGCCUCGUCUAUGACUUUGGUCUGUACGCUCUGUUUGUCGGGUACGAGAGGGGGAGGAAGCUGCAGGAUAGAAGAGACGACGAGGAUGACGACGAGGAGGGUGUAGAUGAUCAAAGGGGAUUCAUCGCAAAUGGACAGCGACACGGACAAGGACAUCGACGCGAUAUCCCAGAUGACACAGGUGGCGCUGAUGCCGGUCACUUCGAGCUAGAGAGUCUAGCCGAUUCAGAAGAUUCAGACGGUUCAGACAAUAGUAACGACCGCAAGACGCGCGAAUCGGAGAAGGCGGCAGUGGCAGCGGCAGCGGCAGUGACGGGGCCGAUCACGACUACGACUACGACGGCAACGCUGAAUGGCGGUCUGCGUGUGCCUCUGGGCAGUGGAGAGAGUCCACGGGUGAGAAGUCGGAGUCCGCACCACCGGUCGAGCGCGUCCGAGUAG